AUGAACUGUCUUGAGCAGUUCCCGCAAGCUGCCUCCACUGACAAUACUAUUGUCUCUCUGGACACCGAAAACUACAUAACCUGUUUGUCUACAACCUUCAUCUUCGAGAAGCACGAAGGAAACGUAGGCGAGCCUCUGACCGCUCAGAUCGCCAUUACAUCUUUUGCAAGACGAGGGUCCGCGCCCAUAACUCUGUCUAAUGUCGCAUUCCAAUUCAAGGGAUGCUUGAGCGAGAUUCACCUGUCGCACGCAGCAGGUGACUCGGUUUCGAAUAAUGCUUCACAACUCAUCGACUGUCAACUCGAAGAGCAGACCUCUUCCACUGAGAAGCCACGAUGGAGCGGCAAGACCGAUUUGAUGUUUCACGUGGGUCAGACGAAAGUAUUCAACUUCCCUAUCACAUUCCGAGACUCGGGCGAAGUGGAGGUGAUCAGCUCCAAGUUCGACAUAGAGACCGAGCGCUUCGACCUCGUCGUGUCAACCAACGAGCUGCCCUUCAACCAUGCACCGAAAUGGUGGAUACCGUCAGGGACUACCGUCAAACCACGGAAGCUGCAGACAGGCUCUGGGUCCGCCGUGAAAGUCCUGCCUAAACCCCCGAAGAUGGAGAUCCGUCUUCCCGAUGUGCGAGACCACUACUACACCGACGAGCCCGUCACCCUCGCCAUGGAGAUCUUUAAUAAAGAAGACGAAGACACCGAAGCCAUGCUGGAAGUUAGACUACUCGGCCGUUCCAAGGACUCCCUGGGCUACUCCUGGAUCCGCGACGCCGCGUCCCCCAUGAAAGAAGCUCCGCCACCCGUUGACAACGACGAUAUGGACCUCCCCGGGCACGUCGUCGGUCGUCUUGCGAAGGGCGAAAAGACCAUCGAAAAGAUCCGCUUCACAGCGCCUUCGGAUCCCGCCGACUACGCGCUCGAGGUCAGGGUCCUCUACCACCUGCUCAGCGACCGCGACAUCCCCAUCUCCAAGAUCAUGAUCGCAGACCUCGUCUUCACGUCACCCUUUGAGACAAGCUACGAGCUCACUCCGCGCGUCCACCCCGAUCCGUGGCCGAGCUACUUCUCCCUCACCCCCUCCUCUGGCGACGCCUUCGGCAUAGCACAAAAAUGGCAUCUCACCGCCAAAAUCGCCUCUUACGCCACCGAAACCCUUGAACUCAAAGACGUCGCCGUAGAAACGCACACCGUCCACGGCGGCGCCACAAGCACCAUCACCCGCGAGUUCGACACCAUCGGACAGGAAGACUCCGUAAUGGAGCCACAAGCCCUGCACUCCCACAGCUUCAACAUCGACGUGCGCAAGACGAACCUCGAGGAGCGCCGUCCUACCGCCAUAGACACGAGUUUGAACGUCCUCUGGCGAAGGAAGGAAUCAGAGGAUAUGCAGACGGUUACGACGACGAUUCCCAUACCAAGGAUACAGAUCCCUGGCGGCGAGCCGCGUGUCUUGGCCUCCGUCCGUUCAUCGCCAUCAACUCCAGGUAUCAUACAUCUCAAAUACACGCUUGAGAACCCGACCAUGCACUUUUUGACUUUCGAGGUCGCGAUGGAGGCGAGUGAGGAGUUUGGAUUUUCGGGCCCGAAGUUGAAGACGCUGCAGAUACUGCCGAUGAGUAGGCAGGAGGUGGGGUAUGUGCUUGUGCCGGUGGUGAAGGGAGAGGGUGCGGAGGGGUGGGAGACGGAGGGUGGGAAGAGGGGAUGGUGGAUUACGCCGUGUUUGAGGGUGACGGAUAGGUACUUCAAUAAGACGCUGAAAGUGCUGGCGACGGAUGGUAUGAGGAGUGAUAAGAAGGGAGUGGGGAUUUGGGUGCCUGGGGAUGCUGGGAAGGGGCCUGAGGGCGAGGAGUAA